GGAAAAUAUUCUACUUUUGGGCAGAGAACACUGAAAUAUAUCCAAUUAUAUUUUCAUUGCCUGCAAAGAAGGUACUAGCAUAGUCAUUUCAUAUAGAACUAGGAAGACACUACAAUGAUUCAAGUCGAUACCUUUAAGCGACCAUCACCUUCACCGUCGAGAAGUUCAGUGCGCAGUGAUAGUCGUGUAUUUCGACAGCCCCGAGUUAUACAGGUCAAUCGAGAUGCGUCUACCAUGGUGGACGGAGAAAGCAGCGUUUCAGGCAGGGCGGAUACUGCAGCCGUUGGCUCAGGGCCCGAAUGGGAAUCUCAUCUUGGACAACAUGCAGCAAAUUUCCGAUCUCGUACCUUCAGUGAUGGCUUCAUUAGGAACACCAGCCUAGAACUAUUACUAGGUGUUGACUGCGAAGCCUGUCUCGCUUUAGCAGCCCAGCGGCAAUGCCUAGAGAAACACAUAUCAGAACAUGAUUUUGAUUUAAUCUGCAAUUGUAAUGUUCAACAAAAUAAUUAUUUGAAUUUUCAUCGAGAUCCUAUAGAACAACGAGGACACACACUUAACAUUUAUGAUUUAGAAAGAAUGAAACGAGACACUGGACGGAGUCAUUUAGGUAUAGGGUCACAUCGCAGCUUAGACAGAAAACAUGCUAAAAGCAAAACCAUCGGCGUUUCGAACUACAUUUCAAAACAGUUAAUAUCAUACGAUCCCACUAACACAUUGGUACAAAAAAUUAAAAGAAAACUCUCAAACUUAAAGAAAAUGGGUGGAGAAGCGAUGCUUAAAAAACACCAAAAUGCAGUACAACUUGCCGAUAUUACAGCGGGCUCCACAGGCUCACUAAAAAAACUGUCAAUGUUAUCUUUAGUAGACAAGUCACAAAGACGAGUAAAUAGCCAAAGUUGUAUCUAUUCCUCGGGACUUCAAACAAAAGAGGAUGUAAAGAAUAAUGUUUCUACAUACGCUAACUUUUCUGGCAAUGUGGACCAAUGUUUUGAUAGAUUACGAGAUUGCCAUGUAAGUGGAGAUAUGAGUAAAAGAUCGCAUAAAAUGAUAAAAAUUAGGAGUUUUGAUACUAACGAUGAACUUACAUCUAUAAAUUCGCCUGGUUUAGGGACGAUGAAAUUUUCUACACUAGAUAACCGUAGUCGUUGUAAAAGUAUAAAAAGACAAAUGUCCUACAAUGAUUUUCCAAGAGAACGAUUCAAGGAGAGAAGUGCAGAGAGUUGGUCGCGUGAAGAUAAUACAGUUGAAUCUAGAAGCACUCGAAGUGAUUUUGUGGAUGACGAUUCACAAACCUUUGUGGAGGCGGAUGUAAUUAUGAUGGGUGGUGCUCGUACUGCACAUGCUCAGUGCACUUGCGAUGCGAGCCGGAAUACCAGGAUACCGUCUAUUUUCUAUGAUACACAGGGGAAGAAACGCAGCGCCCCAGCACCUGACGUAACGGAGCGCAGUCAGAGCAUGCGGCCGGCGACGUGCAGCGCGUGUAAAUCACCGCAGUGGCUGCCCACGGGGACUACAUCCACAACCAGCCACAGUUCUACCACUACGGCUAACUCUUCACGUUUUUCGGUGUGGCACCGGCGAUGGUGCUGUGUGGCGGUGCUAGUGCUGGUGGCAGGCACCGCAUGCGUCGCGGGACCACUUGCACUUCGAGCUCCACCAGGAGCACCUCUACACGAGAGGCUGCGUCUCGCAGAGAGAUUAUUACAUGACACUCCACUCAUAGAUGGACACAAUGACUUACCGUGGAAUAUACGGAAAUUUUUACAUAAUAGAAUAAAAGAUUUUAGAUUCGAUGAAGAUUUACGAACUAUAUCUCCUUGGGCCACUAGUUCUUGGAGUCAUACAGAUUUACCAAGACUAAAGCAAGGGCGAGUUGCAGCUCAGUUCUGGGCGGCGUACGUGCCCUGCGACGCGCAGCACCGCGACGCCGUGCAACUGACGUUCGAGCAAAUAGAUCUCAUACAGAGACUCACUGAAAAAUAUCACCCUCAACUCACCAUAUGCACUUCUACCGAAGAUAUAUUAUCGGCACAUGCCAAUCAGCGACUGUGUUCACUGGUGGGUGUCGAAGGCGGUCACGCAAUCGGAGGUUCCCUUGGGGUCCUCCGGACCCUGUACCAAGUCGGCGUACGCUACCUCACGCUCACCUCUACAUGCGACACGCCGUGGGCCGAGUGCGCCUCCGCAGACCGGCCCGAGCCUUCCCUCCGCGGCGGACUCACCCACUUCGGAAAGGUGGUGGUGAAGGAGAUGAACCGACUGGGUAUGCUGGUAGACCUGUCACAUGUUUCCGAACGUACAAUGCGGGACGCUUUGGCGGUCUCGCGAGCGCCCGUGCUCUUCUCACAUUCCUCGGCUCGUGCUCUCUGCAACGUCACACGAAACGUGCCGGACACUGUGCUGAGACUCUUGGCAGCCAAUAAAGGUCUCAUCAUGGUUAAUUUCUACACGUCUUUUCUCACUUGCAAAGAAACAGCUACGGUUCAAGAUGCCAUAGCACAUAUAAAUCAUAUUCGCGACGUAGCUGGAGUGGAUAGCGUCGGUCUAGGUGCCGGUUACGACGGAAUUAACUACACUCCACAAGGACUAGAGGACGUUUCCUCCUAUCCGCUGCUGUUUGCUGAACUGAUGGAAGAAGGUUGGAGUAUAGAAGAGCUACGUAAAUUGGCUGGACUGAAUUUACUCCGAGUGCUUAGCGCAGCUGAACGUGUGGCUCAAGAGAUGGCUGCAGCACACGUUAUUCCCUAUGAGGAGGUGCCACCACGGGUUCUGGAUGCUCACAACUGUUCCAGUCAAGACCUUUAG